AUGAAACCUACGCGUACUCAUACUGGCUCGACUCCUGUACAUCCCAAAAGAACAACAACAAUGACUGCUGAUACUGACAAAGACAAAAAACCUAAUGUUAACGUCAAAAUUAAUGAUUCAAAUCUUAUUCAUCGCGCAGCUGUUACACGCGAUUAUAUUAAACAACCACGUUUGACUUACAAAACUGUUGUUGGCGUCAACGGCCCUCUAGUGAUAUUAGACAACGUUAAAUUUCCAAAAUUUGCUGAAAUAGUCAAUUUAACACUGCCUGAUGGAACGCUUCGUAGUGGACAAAUAUUAGAAGUAUCUGGCUCGAAAGCUGUUGUUCAAGUGUUUGAAGGCACAGCUGGUAUUGAUGCUAAAUAUACAACGGUCGAGUUUACUGGUGAUAUAUUACGUACGCCUGUGUCAGAAGAUAUGCUUGGACGGAUAUUCAAUGGAUCUGGUAAACCAAUUGACAAAGGACCAGCCGUUUUAGCUGAAGAUUAUUUGGAUAUUAAUGGUGAACCAAUUAAUCCGUUUUCUCGUGAAUAUCCAGAAGAAAUGAUACAGACAGGGAUAUCAGCUAUUGAUGUCAUGAAUAGCAUAGCUCGAGGUCAAAAAAUUCCAAUAUUUUCUGCUGCCGGUUUGCCCCAUAAUGAUAUCGCAGCACAAAUUUGUCGUCAAGCUGGUCUUGUUAGACAUUCCAAAAGUGUAGUGGAUAAUGACGACAAUUUUGCAAUUGUGUUUGCUGCUAUGGGUGUGAACAUGGAAACAGCACGUUUUUUUAAACAAGAUUUUGAAGAAAAUGGCUCUAUGGAAAAUGUUUGCUUAUUUCUGAAUUUAGCCAAUGAUCCAACAAUUGAACGUAUUAUUACACCACGUAUUGCAUUAACAACAGCUGAAUUUCUUGCUUAUCAGUGUGAUAAACAUGUUUUAGUUAUUUUAACUGAUAUGAGUUCUUAUGCUGAAGCCUUACGUGAGGUCUCAGCUGCCCGUGAAGAAGUGCCAGGUCGUCGAGGUUUUCCCGGUUAUAUGUAUACAGAUUUGGCAACAAUAUAUGAACGUGCUGGUCGUGUAGCUGGACGCCAUGGCUCGAUUACCCAAAUUCCUAUUUUAUCCAUGCCAAACGAUGACAUUACACAUCCCAUACCCGAUUUGACUGGCUACAUUACAGAAGGACAAAUUUAUGUUGACAGACAGUUACACAAUCGUCAAAUUUAUCCUCCGAUUAAUGUUCUCCCAUCUCUAUCUCGUUUAAUGAAGUCAGCUAUUGGUGAAGGAAUGACAAGAAAGGAUCAUGCUGAUGUUUCGAAUCAAUUGUAUGCUAACUAUGCUAUUGGAAAAGAUGUUGCAGCUAUGAAAGCUGUUGUUGGUGAAGAAGCCUUAUCAUCCGACGAUUUACUUUAUCUCGAGUUUUUAACAAAAUUCGAAAAGAACUUCAUUUCACAAGGUGCGUAUGAAAAUCGUACGAUAUUUGAUAGUUUAGAUAUUGGUUGGCAAUUAUUACGUACAUUCCCUAAAGAAAUGUUAAAACGCAUUCCACAUGAUGUUAUUCAAGAAUUUUAUCCUCGACAUACAUAA